AGUUACAGCACGAAACUUCCAACCCACCCACACCUCCCCCAAACGCGUAGCGCGUGCUCCACUCCAUCACCCAACCGCCUCACCACAUUCCAAACUCCACAUAUACACACACUUUCAUCACCUAUACACACAACUCCAUCUUCCUCUUCUCCGCAACUCAAUUUCUCAAAACCCUAGCUUCCUCAUCAACAAUGGUGAAACUAAGCAACAAUCUCGUCGGCAUCCUCAACAUCAUCACCUUCAUCCUCUCCAUCCCCAUCCUCAUCGCCGGCGUCUGGCUCUCCCGCCAAGGCACCACCGAAUGCGAGCGCUUCCUCGAGAAGCCUGUCAUCGCGAUCGGCGUCUUCCUCAUGCUCAUCUCCAUCGCCGGCAUCAUCGGCGCGUGCUGCGGCGUGUCGUGGCUUCUCUGGACGUACCUGCUCGUCAUGUUUCUACUCAUCGUGCUGUUGUUUUGCUUCACUGUGUUCGCGUUCGCGGUGACGAAUAAAGGCGCCGGAGAGCAUUUGUCGGGGAAGGGAUAUAAGGAGUACAGAUUAGGAGAUUAUUCGAAUUGGUUGCAGAAGCGAGUGAAUAAUGAUAAGAAUUGGAGGAAGAUUAAGAGCUGCUUACAGGAUAGUAAGGUGUGCAAGAGUAUGACCGAGGAUGCUGAUACUACUCCUGUUGAGAAGUUUUACCUUGAACGUCUCAAUUCUAUUCAGUCUGGUUGUUGCAAGCCGUCUGAUUCAUGCAACUUUACAUAUGUGAGUCCCACUAACUGGACGAAGACGACAGAGCCUGCACCAAAUUCAGAUUGCGCCUUAUGGAAUAACGACCCUAAAGUUCUGUGCUUUGACUGCCAGUCAUGCAAAGCAGGGAUGUUGGACAACAUCAAGAGUGACUGGAAGAGAGUUGCAGUUGUCAAUGUUAUCUUCCUCAUAUGCUUAAUCAUUGUGUAUUCCAUUGGAUGCUGUGCAUUUAGGAAUAAUAGGGAGAGCAACUCAUGGAAGCGGUAUCCUUGAGUUACAGAACAACUCUUAGCACAUAUAUCAUGAACAAUAGGACAUCUCCUUUGUGAUGUUGCGUGCACUGUUUGCGUCAAAUUUUUAUUUUUAGUAUUGUAAUAUUUUACACUUAUUACAGUAUCUUUAAACUGCUCUCUGAGUGUGUAUGUAUAUAUAUACAUCUUGCUUAGUUUGGUAA